AUGAGCUUUGAACGCUAUCAUUCAUCGAAGUCAAAUUUUGAAUCUGAUAACAAUUAGUGCAAUCACAAUGGAAACAAUCAUGCGCGGUUGAAAUAUGCUCCAAUUAAAAUUAUUCAUAAUAAAGUAGGAGACUGUGAGAAGAAACGAAAAUAUCCUCAAUUAAAUUUGCGAUUUUAACCAGCUGAUGAAAUCUCAGUAACAUUAUCAUUUAAAGUAGACUCGUUAAGAUCCAACUGUUACUAUUCCUCUAAGUUUUCUAUAAUUAUUAAUUCAAUAGGCAUAUUCAAAUAAAUAAUUACGUACUAUCAAUAACCCAUCAAUUCGCAUUGAAGAAAAUAGGAAUGAUGCAGUGGAAGAGUUAAUAACAUAAAUUGAAAUUCAAUAGAAGGGAAUUUACCCAAUUGAUGGUAUUAUAAUAUUACUAUAUUUUAUAACAGAGGAAAAAAAAGUGUAGAACAUCCUCUUAUAAAACCACAUGACCUUUGUACUUGAAAACGAGGAAGCAAAGGAGAUUAUUGAUAAUUUCUUUUAAGAUAACUUAAAUCUAAAACCUCAUUUUUGGACCUGGCUAAAAUAAUUAGAAAUCAAAGCAAUCCAAGACAUGUACAUUCUUUGUCAUUUUGAUCCAAAAGGAUAACAAUACCAAGAUAUGUUCAAACUAUUAUUUCAAAAACUCUCUAUAGAAUUUUAUACAAAACAUGCUUAUGCUUAAAUAUUGCGAAGUGAUUUAUCAGAGAAACUAAAAUAUUUAUCUUAAAUUGGAGAAAUAUUUAAUAAAAUUGCAAAGCCAUAAGAGUUUUAUUAUUUUAAAUCAAGGUGA